AUGGCUAAAAAAGCUAUUGAUUCAAGAGUCCCUGCUCUCAUCCGGAAUGGUGCUCAAACGAAGCAGCGAAGCUUUUUCGUCAUUGUAGGUGACCGUGCGCGGAACCAACUGCCGAAUCUGCAUUAUCUGAUGAUGAGCGCGGAUUUGAAAAUGAACAAAUCCGUUCUUUGGGCCUACAAGAAAAUGCUUUUAGGAUUUACUUCGCAUCGCAAGAAGCGUGAGGCCAAAAUCAAAAAGGAAAUCAAGAGAGGAACGAGAGAGAUUAAUGACCAAGAUCCAUUCGAAACAUUCAUUUCCAACCAGAAUAUCAGAUACGUCUACUACAAAGAGACUGAGAAAAUUCUUGGUAAUACGUACGGGAUGUGCAUUUUACAGGAUUUCGAAGCUCUCACUCCGAAUUUACUUGCCAGAACCAUUGAAACCGUGGAAGGUGGAGGUAUAGUUGUGAUUCUUUUGAAGACGAUGUCAUCAUUGAAACAGCUAUACACAAUGACCAUGGACAUCCACUCCCGUUACAGAACCGAGGCUCACGAUGAUGUGGUGGCGCGUUUCAACGAGCGUUUCAUUUUAUCUUUAGGAAGCAAUGAAAACUGUCUUGUUGUAGAUGAUGAACUAAAUGUCCUACCCAUAUCCGGCGGUAAAAAUGUCAAGCCACUUCCACCAAAGGAUGAUGACGACAUUUCACCCAAACAACAAGAGCUAUUAGAGCUCAAGGAGUCCCUAGAAGAUGUUCAACCAGCUGGAUCGCUCGUUCAAAUGGCUAAGACUGUCAAUCAGGCGCAAGCAAUCCUGACUUUCAUUGAUGCCAUAUCUGAAAAGACUUUUAACUCUACUGUCGCACUGACGGCUGGGAGAGGUAGAGGUAAGUCUGCUGCCUUGGGUAUAGCUAUUGCUGCAGCCGUUUCUCAUGGUUAUUCCAAUAUUUUCGUUACUUCGCCCUCACCGGAGAACUUGAAAACGCUUUUUGAAUUUGUUUUCAAAGGAUUUGAUGCAAUGGGUUAUCAGGAACACAUGGAUUACGAUAUCAUCCAGUCUAUCAACCCGGCUUUCAACAAAGCGAUCGUAAGAGUAGACAUCAAAAGGAAUCACAGACAAACUAUCCAAUAUAUCUUGCCAAACGAUUCCCAUGUUUUAGGGCAGGCAGAAUUAGUGGUGAUAGAUGAAGCUGCUGCGAUUCCGCUUCCCUUGGUGAAAAGCUUGUUGGGACCCUACCUCAUUUUCAUGGCGUCUACCAUAAACGGCUAUGAAGGUACUGGGCGCUCACUUUCAUUGAAACUCAUCCAGCAAUUGAGAGAUCAAGCUGUCAAUGGGCCGACAGGGGCAUCAGACACUACAAUUGUUUCAAGAGACAACCAGAACCAAACUUCUCAACACAGCGGCCGUUCCCUGCGCGAAGUUGUCUUGGAUGAGCCUAUCAGAUAUGCACCAGGAGAUGCCGUUGAGAAAUGGUUGAACAAGCUAUUAUGUUUGGAUGUCACAUUAAUGAAGAAUUCUCGAUUUGCUGCCAGAGGCACACCACACCCUUCGCAAUGCAAUCUUUUCAUUGUUAAUAGGGACACCCUGUUCUCGUAUCAUCCAGUAUCUGAAAACUUUUUGGAAAAAAUGAUGGCAUUAUACGUUGCAUCUCACUACAAAAACUCGCCCAAUGACUUGCAACUGAUGAGCGAUGCUCCAGCGCACCAGCUGUUUGUCUUGCUACCACCAAUUGACCCCAAAGAUGGCGGUCGUAUCCCAGAUCCCCUCGUGGUUGUUCAAGUGGCACUGGAAGGUGAGAUCUCUAAGGAUAGUGUAAGAAAUUCUCUUUCUAGAGGUCAGAGAGCUGGAGGAGACUUGAUUCCAUGGUUAAUCUCUCAACAAUUCCAGGAUGAAGAGUUCGCGGGCCUGAGCGGCGCUCGUGUAGUGAGAAUUGCCACGAACCCGGAAUACUCAUCAAUGGGGUACGGUUCACGCGCCAUUGAGCUGCUGAAAGAUUAUUACGAGGGUAAGUUCGCAGAUUUAAGUGAAGAUGGCGGCUCUAAGGAGUAUAGUGUCAACAGAGUCAAUGAUGCCGAUUUGAGCAAGUCUAGCCUGAGGAGAGAUGAUAUCAGAUUAAGAGACGCCAAAACACUACCUCCGUUACUGCUGAAACUUUCCGAAAAAUCGCCUCACUUCCUUCACUACCUAGGUGUUUCUUAUGGACUGACAACCAGUCUUCACAAGUUUUGGAAAAAGAACAAGUUCGUGCCUGUUUACUUGAGACAGACUGCCAAUGAAUUGACUGGCGAGCAUACCUGCGUGAUGUUGAAUGUUUUAGAGGGCAGAGAAUCCCAAUGGCUAGUAGAAUUUUCGAAAGACUUUCACAGACGUUUCUUGUCCUUGUUAUCCUAUGACUUCAAAAAAUUUACAGCAGUUCAAUCCCUAAACAUCAUGGAGAGCGCCAAGCAAGCCAUGAAACUUUUUGGAGCGGACGACGACUUCGUUUCUGGGAUCGAUGUACUGGCACGCGAUGAGCUUGAUCGUAUGUUCUCUCCUUUUGAUCUGAAGAGAUUGGAUAGCUAUGCUAACAAUCUUCUUGAUUAUCAUGUUAUUGUCGAUUUACUACCACUUUUGUCAAUGAUCUUUUUCGGCGGACGAACAGGCGAUGGCGUAAAUCUUUCAAGUGUUCAAAGUGCCAUUCUACUUGCAAUUGGACUUCAGCACAAACGUAUUGACGAUAUCACAAAAGAGUUAAACUUGCCCUCAAACCAAACCAUUGCAAUGUUUGCCAAGGUCAUGAGAAAAUUCUCGGUGUAUUUCCGCGAAGUGCUCAGCGAUGCCAUUGAAAGUACUUUGCCUAAAGCCGUUGACAACAACAUUGCAGAGAUGAAUGGAGCAGAGGUGAAAGCGAUCGAUGCUGCGGAGACUUUUGACAGAAUGCAGGAUGAUCUCGAGGAGGCGGGCUCUCAGGCAGUACAAGCUCUGCAGGCAAAACAACAAGAACUGAUAACUUCAUUGGACCUUGAAAAAUACGCCAUUAAUGACGAUGAUGCCUGGGGUGAAUCCCAAAAGGAUCUAGAGAAGGCCGCUAAGAUCAAUGGAUCCGUGAGUUUGAAAACGAACAAGAAGCGUAAGUCAGAAAAUGCCGAAGACGUCUACAAACAGGAAAUGAAAGCCAUGAAAAAGGCUCAAAGGAAGAAGAAGAAAUAA